AUGGCUUUGAUGGCUGGGCAACCUAUCACUGCUGCUGCUCGACAUGCUUCAGCAGCGCUUCUGACGGAGCCCAUGUACAUUGAACCAGUUGCUGCCUGCCCGUGGUCGCUGGCAGCCUUUGGAGGACCUGACGAUUUGCCCAUGGCCGCAAACCCUGGCAGCUUGGGACACCCGGAGGUUUGCCGAAGGCCGUGCAUAUACUUCUCAGUGUCUGGUUGCACGAACGGGGACGAAUGUGGUUAUUGUCACAUGCCGCAUAUGCAGCGGCCGGUGCAUCUGGACAAGAGGCAGAGGGAGUUGUUGCAGACACUGAACACCGGAGAGCUCAUGGCGAUCCUUCUUCAGCACUUGCGCACGAAAGCUGAGGAGAAGGGCUUUCUCCCUCUGGCUGCGGAUGUUUUAGCGAUCCUGGAACGACAUGCAGUGGCUCCCACAGCACGGGUGCCCGUGAAAGUACAAAGCAAGCUCGAUGCCCUAUUGAACAAGAUGACCUUUGCUGCCUUGAUUGGCAUGGCACUUCGGCGAAAGGAUGUGAAUCCUGGCUUCGUGCAGGAGAUGAAUGAGGCUCUAUCUGGGCUGCGCCUCCUAUGGGCAGAAGCUUAA